AUGCGACACGAAACAGACAAAGCACAGCUUUACGACCGCCAGCUAAGACUCUGGCACGAAAGUGGCCAAGCGGCACUGGAAACCGCUCGCGUAUGCGUAUUUGGAUCGUCUGCGCUGGCAUCUGAAUCGCUCAAGAAUCUUGUUUUGCCAGGGAUUGGCGAGUUUUCUGUGGUCGACGAUGCCGUCGUUGGCGAGCAGGACACACUGACAAACUUUUUUGUCCAGUCCAGCGAUAUGGGCAAGCUGCGCGCGAAAUGCAUUGUCAGCGGUCUGAGCGAGCUGAACCCUGAUGUCAGAGGUGCAUCGAUAAUCAGGGCGCCGGCAGAAGUCCUUGCAUCGUGUGAGCCCAGCGACAUGGAGCUUGUGUCCAGAGCGUCACUCGUGAUUGCCUGCGGGCUGCCCGAGGCUGUUGUUCACGAUCUUGGUCUGCGCUGCUGGCAGCAGGGCACUCCUCUGCUUGUGGCCACCGCCGCUGGAUUCAUGGCCUCGGUACGCACGGUCGUUUCUGAACAUGCAGUCACAUGCCGAAAUCAAACAAGACUUGCGUCUUACUGCGCCGUUCCCCGCGCUUCUGAGUUUGCCAAUACCAUCGAUUUGAGCACGCUCGAUCCUACUGACCUCGGCCAUGUCCCUUUCGUCGUGAUCAUCAUUAAGGCCCUGCAAAAGUGGGCUGCAGACAAAAACCUGGCGCUUGGCGUCGACCCCAUUGAGAUUCCCUUCAGGCAGCUGGCCGACAUCCGCAACAUUGUCAUUGGAAUGGCACCCUGCUCGGAUGAAGAGAACUUUGUCGAGGCCAGCAAGAACGUCAACGCCAACUGCGGUGCAUGCGAGAUUCCUUUCGAGGUCGCCCAGAUCCUCAGUGACCCUGCGGCCGCCGAGCCGAAAUCAAAUGGCAUGGCAGAUGAUGCUGCCGACUUAAAGGGGAUGCUGCCAUUGAGCGGCACAAUCCCCGACAUGAAGGCCGACACCAAAGGGUACAUCGCCCUGCAACGCGUGUACAAGCAGCGGGCGGACGAGGACAAGGCCGAACUGGCCAAGCACAUACGUGAUGUUUUGCAGGCCGCCAAUCUGCCCGAGUGCUUUAUCACACAGGGCGAGGUUGACACGUACUGCAAGAACGCCAGGCGGCUGCGGCUGCUGCGCUUCACCCCACUACACACCGAGAUUAAAUCUGGCCCUGCAAGCACUGAAGGCAUUGCGUACUCGGAGGCACUCUUCCACUACGUACUUUUCCGGGGCUCGGCAGCAUUCUAUGCUGCACACGCAAGGUACCCGGGUGCUGUGUCCAGCGACAGCAACGCUGAUAUUGACAUUGCCGAGUUGGUGCACAGCGACGCCAUGGAGUUGGAGACAAUAUCCAACGGUCUGCUGGCCUUGUGGGGGAUUGCCGAUCAGGCGGUUCCUAAGGGACUAUCUGCGGAGUUUGCGCGCUCGGGUCACGACGAGUUGCACAACGUUGCAUCGAUGGCCGGGGGCGUGAUCGCUCAGGAGGCCAUCAAGCUCAUUACCCACCAGUACGUGCCAGCCAACAACUUGUGCAUUAUCGAUGGCGCUAGUGGGAAGAUCCACGUCACCAAGGUCUAA